CAUAAAAUAGUUGGUCCAAGAAGAAAAAGACACAUUCCUUAAAAAGUUAGAAUGGAUAAGGAAUAUGGAUAUAGAGAAGUGUGGUGCCGGAGAGUUAGCAUAGGAACUCAAAAUGGCACAGCUUAGUUUGUGUAAUUGUUGUAGUGGCGGCAGAAGCUCCUUGUCUCAAGUUUUAAUUGUCUUUGCACUUGUGUUAGAGAUCAUUUGCUCUUUUCAGCUUUCAACAUCUCACUCCAUAGUGCAAUCCCUUCCUGGAUUCCAAGGACCCCUGCCUUUUGUUCUUGAAACUGGGUAUGUGGGUGUGGGUGAAACUGAAGAGGAGCAAGAUGGUGAAGUGUUCUACUAUUUCAUUCACUCAGAGAACAACCCCAAAGAGGACCCUCUCCUUCUUUGGCUUACGGGUGGCCCUGGUUGCUCUGCUUUUUCUGGCCUUGUCUUUGAAGUAGGUAGGUACAUACCAAACACCAAAGGCUACGUUACAGAACAGGAUACGAGACAUAGAGGUCCUUUAUCAUUUAUAAACGAGGAAUACAAUGGGAGCUUGCCAAAUCUGGUUUUGAAGCCACAGUCAUGGACAAAGGUAAGCAGUGUAAUAUUCGUAGAUUUACCUGUGGGUGCUGGAUUCUCUUAUGCCAAAACAGAACGUGCUGUUCACCAAAGUACCCGGAAAGUAGUUCAAGAUGCUCAUCAAUUUCUUAGGAAGUGGCUGGUUGAUCAUCCGGAAUUUCUAUCAAAUGAAGUGUACAUUGCGGGCGAUUCAGUGUCUGGGCUUCCCAUUCCAGCAAUUGUUGAAGAAAUUUCAAAUGGAAAUGAAGGUGGCGUCCAGCCACAUAUAAAUCUCCAGGGGUACCUGCUGGGGAAUCCCUUUACAACAUUUACCGAAGAUAACUAUGCAGUAGCAUUCAAUCAUGGCAUGGGACUCAUUUCUGAUGAAUUAUACGAGUCACUAAAUAGGAACUGUAAAGGAGAGUUCAUUAAUGUAAACCCCGGAAACAAAGCUUGUGUAAGAGACAUGGAAUCAUACAAGGAGACUAUUUCAGGAAUUUAUGUAUGCCACAUUUUGGAGCCUAACUGCGAGUUCGCCUUGCGUAAGGCAUGGAGGAGGAGAUCUCUGACUCUAACUGAUCAGCUCCACAAGUUUCCGAUCCUUGCAGUCCCACCCUUAAGCUGUCGGAGUCAUGCAUAUCUACUAUGUACCUAUUGGGCCAACUUUGAAGAGGUUCGCAAGGCACUAAACGUUCGAAAGGGUAGUAUAGGAAAAUGGCAGCGCUGUAACUAUGACAUACUUUACAAGCAUGAUAUUCGAAACAGCGUCCAAUAUCAUGAAAAUCUAAGCAGUAAAGGCUAUCGUUCAUUAAUAUACAGUGGGGAUCAUGACAUGAUAGUUCCAUUCUUGGCGACCCAAGCGUGGAUUCGAUCUUUAAACUACACCAUCGUGGAUGAGUGGAGGCAAUGGUACGUCAAUGGUCAAGUUGCAGGAUAUACUAGGACUUAUUCAAAUCGGAUGACGUUUGCAACUGUGAAAAAAUAUUUUUAACCAGGGUGGAGGACAUACAGCUACUGAGUACAAACCUGAAGAAUGUUUAGGCAUGUUCAUUCGGUGGAUAUCUAAAAGGCCAUUAUAGGAAUACCCAGCAGAGCCAAGGUGGUAGUGUACCUAUGCUACGAAGAAUAAUCACUUUGUACAGUGAAUCUGAACUUGUUUGGAUAAACUUCUAAAAAAAGAUCUUUUUUUGAUUUAUUUUUUUUUAAAAGAUCUUAUGAAAAAGUAAAAGUAAUUUUAUGUUUGAAUAUCUCAU